CUUGUUUUAGUAUCCGCUGGUCCAGCUGUCAUCUGUCAAAAGGUAAAAGCUUGACAUUAAAUCGGCCUCUGGAUACAUGACGCUCUUUAUGAUUACGUUCACUAUGCUUUGUCCGAGUUGAUGGCACUAACUGCGUCGCCAGAGAAACACAGAUAGUUAGUUAAUUUGGUGAAUAAAGGAGGCUAACUGUUAGCUUCGGAGGCUAACUCUGUCAACAAGUUGAACAUGGACUGCUCAGCUCUGGAGCUCGAUGCUUUCACAUUUGCCAAAACAGCUGUCACCUACGACCAGAAGGGCAAAUAUAACGAGGCUGUGUUUUAUUAUAAGGAGGCAGCACAGGCCCUGAUAUAUGCUGGCAUGGCAGGGUCCAAACUGGACGGAAUCCAGGAUAAAGUGAAUGAAUACCUGGAUCGGGUCCAAGCCCUACACAAUGCCUUCCAGGCACAGAAGAUCGACCCGCUAAAGUCCCGGCAGCAGGUGGACCUGGAACGUGCCCAUUUCCUGGUCACUCAGGCCUUCGAGGAGGACGAGAAGGGAAAUGGCGAUGAAGCCAUUGAACUGUACACUCAGGCUGUGGAGCUGUGCAUUAAAACAUCCAACGAUACGUCGGACCAGGCGCUGCAGACCAAGCUGAAGCAGCUUGCACGUCAGGCUUUGGAGAGGGCGGAGGGUCUUAAAGAAUCCCAGUCCAAAUCAACUCCAGCCCAGACUCCGGACAGGACUGGGACUGGGACUAAGCCUACCAGCAGUGGCACUUCUGCCGGACCGGUCCGCCAGUUUUUCCCCCUCGGACCAGACUUCUCUAUCCACGAUCGACCGCAGCCCCAGCCGGUCCGGGCGGUCCAGUCCAGCGAGCCGCACGGUCAGCGCUACACAUCUGAUGAGAUCGAGGUGCUCAGGAGUACGUCUACAAUCAACAGCAUAGCCUACGUACCGUUCAUGAGCGUGGACCUGAAGGAGCGCUUUGCCUUUCCUGUCCCUUUCUCGGACAAAACAGGGAAACUGGCGCUGUCACCCAAACAGAAAGCCAUCUUCUCCCGCUGGGUCCGGCCAGAUGAGAUCUGCAAUAACCCGACUAUGAUCAUGUCUGUGUCGAGCUUCAGCAUCAAACAGACGGUGGUGUCUGACUGUUCCUUCGUGGCGUCGCUCGCCAUCAGCGCAGCCUACGAGAGGCGUUACAACAAGAAACUUAUCACCAGCAUCAUUUACCCUCAGAACAGACGAGGGGAGCCAGAGUAUAACCCCUGUGGGAAAUACAUGGUCAAGCUUCACAUCAACGGAGUCCCGAGAAAGGUGAUUAUAGAUGACUACCUUCCAGUGGAUCGUAACGGAGAGCUGCUGUGCUCCUACUCCAGCAACAGGAACGAGCUCUGGGUCUCCCUCAUAGAGAAGGCCUACAUGAAGGUGAUGGGAGGCUACGACUUCCCCGGCUCCAACUCGAACAUCGAUCUACACGCGCUCACCGGCUGGAUCCCUGAACGCAUCGCUAUGCACUCUGACAAUCAGUCAUUCAGCAAAGACGACACCUUCCGCAUGCUCUUCCAGAGGUUUCACAGGGGCGACGUCCUCGUCACCACGGCAACUGGAGUGAUGACAGAGGCUGAAGGGGAGAAAUGGGGUUUAGUGCCAACACACGCCUACGCUGUUCUUGACAUCAGGGAAUACAAGGGAAAGCGUUUCCUGCAGCUGAAGAACCCGUGGAGUCAUUUACGGUGGAAAGGACGCUACUGCGAGCGAGACGAGAAGAACUGGACGCCCGAACUCCUCAAAUACCUCAACUUUGACCCCAAGACAGCACAGAAGUUUGAUAAUGGUGUUUUCUGGAUUGUGUGGGAGGAUCUGUGUCAGUACUAUGACGUCAUUUACCUGAGUUGGAACCCCGCCCUGUUCAAAGACUCUACGUGUAUUCACAGUAGCUGGGACGGGAAACAGGGUCCGGUGAAGGAUGUCUACAGUCUGGCCAACAACCCUCAGUACAAGCUGGAGGUCCAGUGUCCAACAGGGGGCGCUGCUGUGUGGGUGCUGCUCACCAGACACAUCACUGACAAGGAGGACUUUGCACAAAACAGGGAGUUUAUCACCCUGGUUGUUUACAAGACGGACGGGAAGAAGGUUUACUAUCCAGCGGACCCCGCUCCUUACAUCGACGGCAUCCGCAUCAACAGCCCCCACUACCUGACGAAGAUGAAGCUGACCAGUGCAGGAUCUCACACUUUCACGCUGGUUGUUUCUCAGUAUGAGAAGCAGAACACCAUCAACUACACACUGCGGGUGUACUCCGGAUGCAAAUUCAACUUCUCCAAGAUCCCAAAUCCCUUCACUCACACCAAAAGGAUCAAUGGUCAGUGGAAGGGGAUCAGUGCCGGCGGUUGUGGGAACUAUAAGGACUCGUUCAAACACAACCCGAUCUAUCAGUUGAACCUGGAGCGCUCAGGACCCCUGCUCAUCGAGCUGCGAGGAUCCAGGCAGUACAGUGUCGGCUUUGAGAUGGUGACGGUGUCGCAUGUCGGGGAUCCGGGCCCGGCUGCCUUCACCAAGAAGAGCAGCGGAGAUUACAGAUGCGGCUUCAGCUACAUGGAGGCUGAGCACAUCCCUGCAGGCAUCUACAACAUCAUCCCAUCCACCUUCCUACCCAAACAGGAAGGACCCUUCUUCUUGGACGUCUCCGGCACCAUACCCAUCAAGAUCUCUCAGCUGCAGUGAAGACGGAGCUGGAAAGAGGGACGGAGCAUGGAUUAGGAGAAAAUAUGAGAUUAAUUGGGUGUUUCUGAAACUGUACUUUGGAUGUGAUGAGGAGCAAAAAAGGCCUCAGUAAAACCCAAAGAGCCCAGAAUGUGACUGGUACGAUCCUUUUCCCCGUCUCAUCUCUCUAACAACCUUCACAGAGGUAAACGGACAUGUCGUCGGCUUCAACAGUGACUCGAGGAUGUUACAGAGUUUUAGUAAAGGGAUAAAUUAUUAACAAGAAGAAGCCUAAGUGGAAUAAAACACUCACAAAAAAUCAAGAUGUUUGGAGACAGAAAACAAAAAUAUAUUCACCAAAGUUUCAACAGACGGAGGUGAUACGAGCAGAAACUGAAAGCUUCUGCACAAUAUGUCUAUUUAUCUCUAUUGAACUCAGCUCACAAACCACCAGAUGGAUUAUUUAAAAUAAAUAUAGCAGUUUCGGUCUGUUGGAUCUUCACCGUAAUCCUACAAACCACAUCCUGGACUCUACUGGUCGUGGAGGAGGAGUAACAGGGUCGAAAUAAACACCAGCUGCCGGCAUCAAGCUGCAAAAAAUGAGUGUUAAUGUUUAUUUUCAGGUUCUCUUUGUCGCAGUGAGCACCUCAAACAGUCUAGAAGUGCAUUUUUAGUACUUGGACCUGUGGACAUCCCAGUCCACAUAUUUUAGUUUACAUUCAGUUAAGGGCUGUUUUACCUGUGUUAGGCCCUUUGGUUACAGUAAAGGGAAAGGGAGACAGCAGAGUAACUUAGUGUUUAAUUUUUUACCCGUGCACAAAGCCAGCUUCAUAAAGAAAUGGUUUUCCCAGUUUGGUGUGGAAGAACUUGACUUCAACCCCCCAUCCAGCACCUUUUUUGGGAUGAACUGGAGCAUUGACUGUGAGCCAAACCUCAUCACUCAACAUCAUACUGGACCUCAAACCCCUGCAGCCAGAUUCAAACAUCUGGCGGAAAAAAAGCCUGAAACCAGAAGAGUGUAGUCUUUAUAGGAGCAGAUUAAAGCUUAUAGAAUUAGAUUGACAUGUGGGUGAAAUGUUUUGGCCAAGUUUUGGAUCUCAGCUGAGAUUUAGGAUGACAUUUGACAUCUAGAACAACCGGCCUUUUCAUGUUCAAAACAUAAGACGAGUUACAGCGAGUGACAAGGUCCAUCCAGUCAGAUAUAAGGAUUGAUGAUGAUGUCUCAGUACCAGAGAGACCCAUCAAUCAUCUAGUGUACAGACAGCUUGAAAUGACAACUGUCUAGUAAAUUCAUCCGUGCCCUGACAUAAAUAAUAAAGCAAAAGAAAAGGAUGCUUCAGCUGCUUCUAUGUAUCACAUUAUCGCUUCUCUACUGGAAACAGAAACACCACCUGAAGUAGAGACGACGCUGUUCUGAGCUAUAAAUAAAUUAAAAUCAUUAUAACUCAUCGUAAAUCUGCUUGAGAUGCUUGAGAUGCUCACUGCUGCAAAACUACCUGGACAAGAAGAAGUUGCAGAAAAGUAAAAGUAGUUUCAGAGUGUGUCAACCUCUGCGACUGGAGAAAAAAAAAAAAUGAAAGUCAGUUUUCUUAAAUGACCGUGAUGGUUAUUUUAAAUUCUCAGGAGCAGCACCACAGGGAGCCCAGUACGGCAGCGGUAGAAUGAUGUCUCUUCAUGUUGUCUGUGGAUGUGACGGCAGAGUAAGAAAUAUCAGAAAUAUCAGCCUGACUCAACUGACAGGCCUCAACGUCAACACUCAGCACUGCUGGAGGCUGGUGUCACAAAGUGUGUGUGAGAGAGUGUGUAGAGUGAGUGUGUGCAUGUUUAAAUGCACGACUGUAUUGACCUUUUACAGGUAAAAAAAAAAACUGAAAUGUAUUGCCAAGUACACAUCCUCUCCUCUCUGUACUUUUAGUUCAUGUAUCGCACCGUUUCUGGAGCAUUCUCAUUACUUUUACAGAAUGUGGUAAUGAAUCUGUCACUUGUUUCUUCAAAUUCAACCAUGUUUUCAAAGCUUUCAGACAGCUGCUCACCUGACUGUUUAUGUAUGCACCUUGU